UUUGGCUCUCUCUCUCUCUCUCUCUCUCUCUAGCUUUAUGCAUAAUUAAUUUUUGCUUCGAGGCUUCACGGGUGUUGAUUCUCUCCUCUCUUUUUUUACUUGGCAAUCUGUCCCUCAACAAACUUUCACAACUGAGCCUUGACUUGUGUGUCUAUAUAUAUUUCUUCUACUAUUUCUUCUUUGUCCUAAGCUGCCUGUGUAUACAACAAUCAUGCCUGCUCUUUCUUCUUCUUCUUCUUCUUCUUCUAUUUGCACUUUCUUGCUUGUUUUCUUGCUUGUUGUAAGAGCCUCAAAUUGUGCAGCCAAAGUCACCAAGAGCUCUCGCCCUCCACGCCAAUUAUCUGUUAAUUACUAUGCUAAAAAGUGCCCUCAGCUUGAGCAACUUGUUGGUUCAGUCACUUCCCAACAGUUCAAAGAAGCACCAGUGUCAGGGCCAGCCACCAUUCGCCUCUUCUUUCAUGACUGCUUUGUAGAAGGCUGUGAUGCAUCAAUAUUGAUAUCAACAAACCCUAGAAGUAAACAGUUGGCAGAGAAGGAUGCAGAGGACAAUAAAGACUUGAGGGUGGAGGGAUUUCAGACUAUAAGCAAGGCCAAAGACUUGGUGGAGAGAAAGUGCCCUGGUAUUGUUUCAUGUGCAGACAUUCUUGCAAUUGCAGCCAGAGAUUAUGUCCACCUUGCAGGAGGUCCUUAUUACCAGGUGAAGAAAGGGAGGUGGGAUGGGAAAAUAUCAAUGGCAUCCAGGGUGCCGUACAACAUCCCUCGUGCAAAUUUCACCAUUGAUCAACUACUAAAACUCUUCAACUCUAAAGGACUAACACUUGAGGACCUAGUCGUUCUUUCUGGCGCUCACACAUUUGGAUUUGCUCACUGUAAGCAAUUUCUUAGCCGACUCUACAAUUACCGUGGCACUAAACAGCCUGACCCUGGCAUGGAUCCAAGGCUACUAAAAGCUCUUAAAAUGUCCUGCCCACAAUUCGGUGGGAAUUCAGACAUUAUAGCACCCUUUGAUGUUACCACUCCGUUCUUGUUUGAUCAUGCUUAUUAUGGGAAUUUAGAGGCUAAAUUGGGGUUGUUGGCCUCGGACCAAGCUCUAUUUUUGGACCCAAGAACCAAGCCCUUGGUUCAACAAUUAGGAAAGGAUAAGAAAAGGUUCUUCCAAGCAUUUUCAAUAGCUAUGGAGAAAAUGGGCUCAAUUGGUGUGAAAAGGGGAAGAAGACAUGGAGAGAUGAGGAGAGUUUGCAGUAUGCAUGCAUAAUUGGAUUAUUAUUUUUUUGAAAUUUCCUUAUUUUCUCCUUGUGGUAGAUGUUUUGGGCUUUAAUAUUAUGGGGUUUGAAAUUUGUAGUGAAUGUCUGGAGAUUUUGAGAUAAAUCAUUCACGGAAUAACAUUCUUCAUAUAUAUAAUUUAUCUUCAAACUUUUAUU